AUGUUUGGGGAGUGGGAAGCAACGGCUGUGAUGGAGCCCCGGCCGAUCACAACGACGACGACGAAGAGAACGGAGCCACCCA